ACCUAAUAAUCUAAAAUCAGUCACAUUUGAACGUUCGGUUGAGUGUAUCGCAACAUUGUGGUUAUUUUUGUGUAAUACGAUAGUGAAAUACUAAAAAUGUCCUCCAUAAAAUUCUUUAACGGUUAUACAAUGCCAAUUGUUGGAUUAGGUACAUGGCAGUCUAGUGAUCCACAAGAACUCGAGACGGCUCUUGAUGAGGCUUUGAAAGCUGGCUACCGUCAUAUAGACACAGCCUAUAUGUAUGAGAAUGAGCAUAUCAUUGGCAAAGUGCUUAAGAGGUGGUUCGAUUCCGGUAACAUCAAACGGGAUGAGCUAUUUGUAGUUACAAAAUUGCCUCCGAUUGGUAUGACCCCAGAAAAAGUGGAAUAUUUUAUUCAAAAGUCGCUAAAGGCUCUGCAGCUGGACUACCUUGACUUAUACUUGAUACAUCUACCAGUUGGUCUGCAAUACGUUAGCGACACAGAUCUUUGGCCCAAAGAUGACAGCGGUAAAGUACUAAUCAAUCCUAAUUCAAGUAUUGAAGCUGUAUGGAAAGCAAUGGAAGUACAAGUUGAUAAUGGUUUGACCCGUUCUAUUGGAAUAUCUAAUUUCCGACGUACUCAAGUCGAACGAAUUAUGAAGGUGGCUAGAAUUCAACCAGCGAAUCAACAAAUUGAACUACACGCAUACUUUCAAAGGCCAGAGUUACUUGAAACCUGCCGUAAAUAUAAUAUUACAGUGGUUGCAUACGCACCAUUAGGAAGUCCUGGUAGAAAGCAAUUAUAUGAAAAGAGGGGACAAGCCUUUGAACCGAUACCAUUACUAGAAGAUGACGUUGUAGUCGAAAUAGCUAAUCGACACUCUAAAUCAACUUCUCAAAUUCUAAUGAAAUAUUGGAUUCAACAAAAUGUUGCUGUCAUUCCAAAGAGUAUAAAUCCUGCACGUGUUCGUUCCAACUUUGAUUUGUUCAGCUUCGAACUAAGUUCGGAUGAAAUGGAAAAAUUAAAGACAUUGGACAAAGGACCAUCUGGAAGAACGUUCACAAUGGUCAUGCCUGGAUUCGUUGACCAUCCCGAAUAUGGCUUGGAUGAUUAAUAACAUUGCUUAUUCAAAUUAUUUUAAAAUAAAUUGUUCAACGGAAUGACGGUAUUUGCAGAUCACAUGCGGUGUCGUAAUGCAUGUCCAUAUGACACAAAAAAAAUUAAAUAAAGCGAAAUGAA